CCGGAUAACUGGAAAGAAAAUAAGAAGAGGAAAAAUAUUGGGAAAGGGAAAAAAACGAUCCCAUAAAGCCAUCCAUCCAACAUACAAUAUGGCUGCCUGCAGCCUUUUCGAAGAAGAUGAAGUAUACGUUGAAAAACUGGGAAAGGGCGUUAGUUUCGGACUGGUAUUAGAAAAUGCAGAGUUCCUAAGUAGUAGCGAAGAUGAUGAAGUUGACAAAACAGAGGACCGCCUUCAGAAAGGAAUGGUUAGAGUUGCUUGGCAUCCAACUGGCAAAGAAACAGUUGUUGCUGAAGAUAACGUGAGUUUAUUAUUAUGGCCAACUUACCUAGCUAGUAACUAUACAUAAAUUAUAAAUAACAUUAGUCAAUUUCAAUUAAAAAAAGAUCCGUCAGCACCAAAAAUUCAACAAGGAACUUAAAAGUAAUCUAAUGUAAAUGCAAUGUAUAGACAGUAUAGUCAUAGUAUAACCUCUGCCUUAAUAAUAAUAAUUUAAAGGUAUAUAAUAUAUAAUUAUAAUAAUUAUAAUUAUAAUUAUAUAAUAUUUAUACAAUUUAUUAUUAUUAUCAUAUUCAUAUUGCAAGACAAAAUAUCAUUGUUGUAUAUAUAUUAUUGUACAAUUAGGCUUGUUAGGCCUACCCUCUUAAAGUAGGUACUUGGACAAAGUUCAAAAAUGAAGUUACAGUUACAGCUUUAAGUUUAAGACCUAGUUAUUUAGUUAAAGCUUGAAAAUGAAAACAAUUCAUUGAUCAUUGAUACCAAAUGUAUGGUUGUAGGUCAAUUCUAAAGAAAUUUAUGUGGUUAUUUACAGAUGGCUGAAAGUUGUACAUUAUUUUGGGAUAACUCUGUUAAUUGAGACAUAUAAGAAAAUAUAAAAGUGUCUAAAAUAAAAACUGCAGAAAAUUUUUGAGAGAGCUGCCAUUCCUUGGUUAUAUGCUUUUUCAUAUUUUUAAACAUUAAUUUUAGUAAACAAUGGUAUCCAUGGAGGAAUUGUAGUCAGCAUAUUCAAGAGGUCACUGUUUUGAAACUUAAAUAAAUUGUUGCGGUAGCGUUGGGGGGAACAUUUAUUUGCCAAUUCUUGCAGAUAAUUGGAUGCUUUAAACUGUGGUUAAUAGUAGGCUUAGCUUGAUUCAAUUUGAUAUAUAUUUUUCCCCCAAAAUUCUUGAUAAUAAAUUAGAAAACACAGUAUUGUUAAGCAUCCUAUUCUCUUUAAAAGGAUAUACCAUACAACCUAUUUAACUAAGAAAUGACAGCAAACCACAUUUUUUCUAAAUGCAUAUGCAAUAUAAUUAUAUUUUCAAGUGGACAAACAAAAAGCAUGUAACUACAAUGAUUUUCACUAUCAGAAAAUGAUUUAUCAAAGUAACUAUCUAAUGAUUUAAUUAAGAAUGACUCAAUUAGUUAGGGCAAAAUGCCAAAUAACACGGAUUUCUUUUGAUAUUUGUUAGGCCUAAUAUGUUUAUAAAAAACUUACACAAGGUGAAUCAUUGAAGAAAUAUGGGGUAUGAUGUUGUUUAUUGGGCAGUGUACAAGGAAAGGUCACUCACUGAGAUUGUCAUUGGCUGUUAUCAAAGGAUCUAAGAAUAAGAAGCUGCAAUGUUAAAUAUAUUGAAUUUAACCCCCUUUAUAAUUUUGAAAAACAAAUGUCAGCAUAAUUAACUAUUCUUCCCAAAAAUAGAUGUAGUUUCUGUCCUAAGCAAAAGCGUAAUUUAAUUGGCUCACUAACAAGUCCUGGCCAGUUUGACAUUGAUACAUUUUGCUUUUCAAGGACAAAAGAAAAUCACAUAAACUAUCAAUAUGUUUGUUUUUUAAUUUGUUAACUGAAUUUAAACAAUAAGAGCCCAAGGAGUCACACAUUAUUCAGGCAGCAUCUAGCUUUGCAGAGUCUUUGUUAUUGAUUAUUUAUCAAGCUAUUUAUGAAGUGAUUUCUUAAAAUUUUAUUUAGUAUGAUGUAGUUAGUAUAACUUACUUAAGAUAAGUAAAUUAAGGUAACGGUAGCUCUUAACUGGACUUCUUUUAGAGCUUUUCCUAAAAAUUUUUUUUUUUCGUAGCUCAGUUAUUGUUAUACUUUUCCUUCGCGACCCCGUAUAACUAUAACUUUUAUUGCCUAUUCUGGCUUAUAGGUGAUAAAGAACAAGUUUGAAUGUCUAUACAGUUUGAUACAUGUCAUUAAAAAUGUAUUUACUCUUACAAAAAUGUUAAGAAAUCAAACAGGAUCCUGUUAAAUAAUUCUUUAAAGAGAAGUAUGAUGGUUUUCUUUGUUAACUAGAAACUUCAGGUUUGGAGAAAGAGAUAAAGUUUAUUCUCAGAUCUAAGCUAUUAACAUUUUUCUCUGAUCUCUCAUUUUCUCCCUUUUAUUCUCAUAUUCUCAAUGUCCAUUGGUGGAUAUUUUACAGUAACAAAAUAACUCAACCUCUGACCAUCUAAUUAUCCUUAAAUGCAUGUCUGGAAAUAAAGAAAACACCUUUGACCAUGCAGAUGAUGCUCAACAGAACGAUACGAUGUCCUUAACUUCCUUUAUCGUAAUUGUAUGGACAUUUUAUAACUUGGCAUUGUGUGUGCUAAUUAGCAGUAAAAUUGGAUGGCGAAUAAUUUUUCUCGCUAGUCCAGCUUCAACGCUUGCUACUGACAGUUACUGUUGUUUAGGAUUUCAUUGGGGGGAAAAAACAAAUACCUUUUUUUAGCGACCCAGUAUUUUUGCUAAUGUGGCCCGGUAUCUUGUCAUGGCUCAGCAUGUGAGAAACACUUUUAUAGAGGGUAUUAGUAUUAUAUGUUAGUAUAGAAGCGUAGCUAGAGUGUUUGGUGCCUGGGGACCAAUUUGUUACGCUCUGGCUUCUAAUAUGAGAAAUUAAUCUCCUAUUUUAAUUUUAAUUGGCUCGUUGUAAGCAGUGCCUAACAAAGGACAAUACCAUAGAGUCAACAAUAUUAAAGAUGCAACACCCAAAACAGUUUCUAGUUACAAUUAAUAAGAUUUAAUAAGUAUUAAUGUAAUUACAAAAAGAAAAGAAAUAUCAUUACAAAUCAUCAAUAUAGAUUCAUUUAUUAAACACCAACCACACCCUCCCACCAACACUGCCAAAAUGAAACCCAUUAUUUUCAUCAAUAAAAACAAUUUUAAAGCCCACUUUGGCGCCCUUGCUAGUCUGGCAACCGGGAGCACCCCCCCCCCUCUCCUCCCCGCUAAGCCACUGUGCUAGUAUUCAACCAUUGAACUAUUCUAAAUCAAAAGGAAGGAUGAAAUUUAAGGCUUAUGAAAUGUAUUAAAAUUAUAAAGGUAUUCCAAAUAAGACAUUUUAUAUUUUCUUUGUUAAACAUGGUCAGCUUGAGAGGCCCUAGAAUAAAAAAUUUUCAAAAUAAUUUAUAUAUUGAUUUCUGCAUUGUACUAAUGUAUUUUUAACAUUUACUAUACAGGUUCACCUUAUAGAUCGCUCACUUAUGCCAGGUGAUGUUGUGCGAUGCCUUGUACCUGGUCAGGAUACACAAUGUGGAUUUGUAAUGGAUAUGGAUGUCAAGUGUCAUUUGCAUGUAUUGCGUACCAAUAAGUACAUCUAUGAUGUUGACUCUAAAGACUUGGUACCUUUACAGGUUAGUGUGGAAGAAAAUUAAAUAAGUAAGCAUAUUACAUUUUGGUAGUCUGCCCUGUAUGUAAUGGUGACAUAGUCUGUCUCUGGACAAAGAGGUAGCGGAUUCAAAUUUGUCCAGGGGUAUCCACAAGCUGUGCGUAAAUUUAAAAAACUACAUAACUAUACUUGGUAAGUAGGUCUAAUGUCUGAAGGUAGCAGCAAACUUAACAGUUGCUUAUAUUGUUUCAAAUUUAAUAAUUCAAUGCAAUUAUCAGAAUGGUGGGCUCACAUUCUAGUGAUUUCAUUAAAAUUAAUGUUUGGGGAGGGGAGAAUUUUGUAUAUUAUUCAUGAAGUCAUGUAAUUAGCUUAGUGGACAUUCUAAUCUACUGAUUUAAAAAAACUCAUAAUGGCACAAUUUAUUAAUCCAUAUAACUCAUCCUCAAAUUUAUAUAGUUUGAUGCAAUUUUGGGGAGUUUUCAGCAAAUAAUGGUCACAUUAAAUAAUUGGGGAAAGGAAUGAUGUUACUGCAUGAAGAUUUGAUGUGUUUAAUAGUCACCCAAGACUAGACUGUCAAACAAAUAACAGUUAAGUACGACAAUCGGAAGUUGAUAAAAAAUGUCAUCAAAGAGAAAUCGAAACUAUGUCCUGCAUUAUAGGAAAUUAAUAAGGAUUAACCAACAGAGGCAGAUAAUAUUUAUAUUGGAAUCACAGUUAAGGAAUACUAAAGUGUUGAUGUAAGUAAAACUAAAAUUAUAGUUUCUAUGUUAUUAUGGUAACCUACUUGUGAAAUUUCAAUAAGCUUUGAAACUAUUUCCUAAUUCAACUAAGAAUUUCGUUUGAAACAAUUCCAAAUGAGAUCAUAUGGGAACCAUCAGGAAGUGGCUCUGUGGAUUGGGGAAUGUAGAGAAAGAAAUGGAGAUUCAUUUAAAAUAUUUAUUAAUAGUGUGAUAUGUUAACUAUUUUUUUUUUUAAAUGAAGUAAUUAUUUAAUUAUGGUGCCAAAACAGCAAUUAAUACACAGAUUUCCCUUUAUGAUCCAAUAUUUGUUUUCAAUCCUUUUUAAGCUUAUAUUUACUAUUAUUUACUGUGAUAUUUUCAAUUUUUAGAUUUUGAUAGUUUUGUUUACUUUUUUAGUGGCUUGAGACCAUGAUUUGUAAGGCUGCUGUUUUGAACCAUUUCAUUAACUACUAUGCAAUUUUAUUCCUCAUGCAGAAGUUUGAGAGCGGGCAGGAGGUGCUCUUGGAUUCUUGGCUGGGAAGGGUAGAGACUGUCAAUUAUGAACUCAUUAUUGUUUUUCCUGAUGGUGCGAGGUAAUUAAUUUAAGUUUAGUUUUUGUCCUAUUAAAACAGACCUGGUUACUCUUAUGAAAGUGUUAUGCUUUUUAUGAUUGUACACAGAGACCUGUCACAAAUAUGAUUUUUAAGAAACGGGGCUAAAAAAAUAUAGGCUGGUAGUUUUUUAAAAUUUUUUAAUUUAAUUUUUUUUUUUAAUUUUUUUUUUAAAUUAACUUUUGUGGUUGAUAGUUUUAGGUUCUUUUUUCAUCCCUCAGUGAAUGGACCCAGAAAAACAAGUUGUUGGGGAUUAUCCAUAAUUAUAUUACAUAGGCACCAAGGAGGGAGAGGGGGUUGGUGUUGAUUAAGGAUCGUAUAGAUAUGCAUGUGAGGGAGUAAGAGAUAGGUGUAUAAAUAUUUUUAAAGUUUAUAAAAUAGGACAGCCAUUUUUCAUAAUAAUGGUGAUGAUCGUUGUAUUGUUGCUUUGUGUUUCAAAAUGAAAUUGCUAGAUAUCUUAACUGUAAUAUUUAGCAUAGUUGCCCUAAUAAUAAAAAAUUUAGUCAACAUUCGCUUUUGUUUGCUUUGGUGCUGUAUGGCAUAAGUUAAUGACAUAAUUAUUUCAUUUUUGGCUAAACCACUAUUGCGAAAAUGGAGAAAACUGCAAAUUUUUUCAUUUUUAUUAGUGCAUGCUUAACUGCUCCACACAGCAGAGUUAGAUUUGACAUAUUUUAUAAGAUCUAGUAAGCAACAUUUUAAAUCUAUUUUUUAGACGUCACAAAGUAGCUGUAAAAUUUUAAUACCCCAUUUUGGUCAAGCACUCCUCUUCCCUUCUCCCAAUACAGCUUUCUGUGGUUAUUAAACUAUAUUAUGUUAACAAAAAAUAAAAUCAGGCUCCUGGGCUUAAUGCAAGGGUGGCCAACCCGUGGCUGCCAUGUAAAUAUUAUGGCCUGCUGGAUGUAUAACAAUGAAAGUUAUUUUUUCAUUCAAGUAGCGAUUAUUUUCAUUCCUGGCAUAAACGUACAUUUGAAAUAUAUAUUCAUCAUUUUUUGUGAUUGGUAUGCCCCAUUUCGGUGAACCCGCCCCUUUUUUAAAAAAACGAUCCAAAAUAAAAAAAAUUUCAAAUAAGUAAUCUAAAAAAUUAUAAAACAAUUUUACUAUUUAGUUACUACUAAAAAUGAAGGAUUUAUAUAAACACAGCUAGGUAAAAGGAACCUAAUUUUCCACAAGCAAUAUUAUUAAGUUUAGAAUCGUGCAAAACUUUAAUCGGGUAUAGGCAAAAGUGGAUCCCUUCAUUUUGAAUUUAUGAAAAAAAAUUCUGGGGAUGGGGUUUGGCCCCCCACCAAAACCUCACCCCAUUUUUACUCGGAUGACUUCGGCAACAUCUUUGAUUUCCAACCUCCCCUCCCAAUCUUUAUCUAUUAAAGUGGCAAAGACUUUGAUAAGUGAACUUUUUUAAAACAUGCAAUGGCAAUAAUUAUUUUAUACAUAAUAAUGUAUGUUUAUUUCUUUACUCUUACACAAGCUAAAAAUCCUUCACUAGAAGAACUAUAUGAAGAAAAAUGUUAUUGUAAAACUAAACAAAUUUCGGACGAUACAUCACAGAUACUUGAGAUCGGCCUGUUCGGGAUGAAUUCUUUCUCUUAUGGCGAGGACUGAAAGAUAUAAAAAUUUGUUUGUUACACAAUCUGUACGAAUUCACCAGCGUGCUCUCCCAGAGGUCAAAAAAUCUAAAUGAUCACUAAUUAAGUUCCUAUUAUGACUAAGGGAGUUCACUGAUUGGCUGUUUUUUACACUAGAGAAACAAUUCAAUGUGGAUGUCAUGUGCUUAAAUUGUUUUUAGUUGGAAAAUGUGACUUUAUUAAUAUAUGUAUUUAUUUAUGUGCUGAAAAUGUAAAUGUACAAUGUAAUCAAAAAACAUUUCUAUUUGUUUGGAUCAAUAAAAGAAUCUUAUCUUAUCUUACGAUACAGUAUGGUACGAUUUUGAGAUGGCUUAGUACUAUUCUGAAAUAAUAUUGUAUUACUUUGGAAUUUCCAGAGUAACCAGGUCUGAUUAACAUUUUAAUUAAUUCUUUUAAUUUAUAUGACCCUGAUUACUGAUUUUUACCUAUCAGUUUUAUUCUAAUUCCUUUUUGUCUCAUAACUGUUCUUUAAAUCUAAAUUUGACUUGUAUUCUAAUGUUUUGUUUAUCUUGUUCCCUGCUGAUUUCAGGUGCCAAGUGGAUGAAGAUGAUCUCUUCAGCUGUGAGGAUAUAACUGAGAAGAGACCUAGAGUAGGACAUUUUUAACACAAUCUUUUUAAGUGAAUUUAAAUAUUAACAGUUGACUGCAUGUCAUUUUAACCCUCUUGAGACAGAUCCUUUUUGGACAGUCAGUGACAAGAAGACGGAGGCCUUUUCCCAAGCCCUGUACUUACUUUGCAAAACAAAUUUAUAAAAAAUAAACUAAUUACUUUACAAAUAUAAAACUAUAUAUAUAUAUAUAUGUAGGGAGUUGAAUAAACUAGUCAGACUUUAUGAAUCAAACUGACGUCUCAACAUUUAUGGAAAUGAGACCCAUACAAUUUUAUUUCAAUAAAUUAUUGUAGUUUUAUAUUAAUUUAUAACUAUUUCAAUGAUAUCGUUGUCUAUUUGUAAAACAAGCAUGGUGAGUUUAGUGUCUGCCUUCACUACCCUGGACAAGAACUGAAAGGUUCAAUGGAUUGCUUUAGUGAUGCUAAAUGGCUUCAUUCUUCCCCUCGUUACUGCAGCAAAGUAGCCAAUAAAAAAGGAAAGGUCACCAUCGUUUAUGUUACUGUAGAAAAGGUAAGAAAGAUGUAUAUUGCAAAGAAAUGAUUUUACAUAUUAAUUUUGAAAAAGGACUAUUGUUAAAAAUUAUAGAUGUAGUAAACAAGUCAUGGGUCAAUAAAAAAAUUAAACAGCUCAAUAGAAACAAGGUGAGGUUGGAGUUCCUAGCAUUAUCAGAGCAAUUUUUUUUUUUCUGGGCGAUAACAAUGAUUACUUACUAAUUUGACUAUUUAUUCAAAUUUUUUAAAAAGAAAAAAUAUUUCUGUCGUAGUUAUUACACCUCCUAUAUUUGUUAUAAUUGGUUACUGCUUUGUUUGGUGUAGUGGUCAUUGAAUAUAGGAGGGUAACCUUCCUUAUCCUAGAAAAGACUACCAUGUUUCAAUCUAAUAUGGUUUCAGAGUUCGUCACAUGAUUUGUUGGCCAUAGUCUGGUGUAGGGCUCCUUUAAAAGUUGACCCAUUGUAUAUAUUUGGAUUAUAUCCUUUGGGUAGGAUAUUUUUUUUCUGCAGCUUUAUGUAAGGGGGGUCUCUACUUUUCUUUUAUAUCGUUUGGAUAGGUCUAUUUUGAUAUAAGCCAUUUGAAAAUCUUGGUUUUGGGUUAGGUCUUUAAGUAUGAUUUGCAAGGUGGUGUUUCUCUUCAUUUUCAGAGGGGACAUCUAGUAUUGAUUUCUGUUUAAUGCUAUGGUUUGGUCACCAUUUUUCAAUCCAUUUGUAUGCUGCUUGUGUAACCUUCUGUGGUUCUCAACCAUCUGCUGCCUCUCUUCUGAGAUUUAGUGACUCAAUAUUAGCAUGUAUUUCACAGCUUUUGGGGUAGAUCUUAGACCUCCCAAGAUGAAAUGGACUGCCUGGCUUUGUAAUUUUCCUAGAGAGUCCUGUACAGUCUCGCUGCUAACCAACUGUAGCGCAAAACUGUAUUCCAUAUUUUUGGCUUUACCAGUUCUAUAAAAUUAUAAUAGAAUGAACAGAUUUACCAUUAAUGUUGUACUAAAAUAAAGCCGAACAUGGUAAUAUUCCCAGAUCAUCACCAAAAAUGUUGAGGUCCACUGGAUAUUUCGUGGCUAUGAAAAAGUAGACAGCCCUAAUGUUUCAGUAAAUCCACCACCUAGAAUGAUAGAAGGAGAAACUAUCGAGAGGUGAGUAAAUUACACAUUAUUUGCCGCAUUCUUUCUCUAUUCUUGUAGUAAGAUGGACCAUUUAUAGUAGUCAUGGGCCUAAUACUUGUUGGCAAUAAUCUUUUAUACUUGUGCAAAACUUUAAUUUGUAAUAUUAUGAGGAAAACUAAUACUAAUGAUAAAUAUUUUGGUCUUGAUUGAAAACUUGCUUUUGCUCUCUUUUAUUAGACUUCAAGUUCUAGAUUGGUUUAGUCACUGCAGUAUCCAGAUAGGUGAUCGUAUGGCUUACACUGUGAAAAAUGAUGACCUCAUUUCAACAGUAAUACCUGGAAAAGCUUUCAAUCCACAGUCAGUUAUGACAAAAGAUGCUCCAAUCAAGAUAUUGAAUGAGGUUGAUAACAGAAUCUCUGAAGAUGUAAUAAGUUCAGUAAGUAGUUUUUUAAUCAAAUGUCAAAUUUUGUCCUGAAAUGGAUGAAAAUAAAUUUCUAUAAAAAUACUGAAUUUAUGUAAGAUUGGCAUGAUUCAGAAAUUAUAGCUUAUUACACAGAAUUGAUCAGGUUAAUAUUUAUCAAUUUAAUGUAGAAAUGUCUUAGUUUUUGAGCUUCUUAUGAUGUAUGUAACAUUAUCCUCUUAUUAAUAACCAAAUGGGUCAGCUCAGAUGACUAAAUAAAUGAUGCUGUGUUAUUCCUAUUUUCUUCAACACAGAGCAGUUUUGCUGAAAGGGACUUAGAGGAUGCCGAGGAUGCAGAUUUUGAAGACGUUGAAGAUGAUGAAUCUGAGGGUGAUGAUAAGCUUGGUGCCUAUGGAGGUCGCAGUGCAGGCGGACGUAGGAAAAAGAAUCGUGGCCAUAAGGGUACUACACGUCACAAACCAGGCAAGCCCAAUCCAAAUCAUAAGAUAACAGUAGGAAAGAAGCGAAGUCCCAAAGAAAGAAUUGUCAAACCUGAUGAAGUGGUAGAGGUGGAAAUUGAAUUCACCACGUCCUGGGCAAAAGUCAUGUGGCAGGUCAACUCUUAGUCUUAUCUAUCUCUUAAACUUUAACUUUAUCGUGUUUUAAAGUUUUUCAUUGAGGGUAUUGAAUAGUUAAUUUUCUUGGUCAGAAACUUUUACAAAGACAAAUUAAAUUUUUUUUUAGUUUUAAAAACUAGUACCAAAAUGUAAUCCAGCUUUAUGAGAAUAGCAGAAAAAGGCAACAUUUUUUACAACAAAAUUGUUUGUACAGUAUCCAGUUUGAAGUGGUAAUUUUUAAAAUAAAUUUUAAAAACUAUUUGUGUACUGAUUUAAUAGAAAGAAACAUUCCCAUUAAAACGCACAAUUAAAAUGUUCUUUUGAUCCAAAUAAAAGCAACAACACCUUACAUACUGAUAAGAUAUGAUAAGAUUCUUUAUUGAUCCAAAUAAAUGGAAACGUUUACAUUGAUUACAUUGUAGAUAUUCAUUUUCAACAAAUAAAUAAAGACAUAGUUUAUACAAGCCUUCAAAACUACACAAAAAGACACAUCUCUUCAAACUCUACUAUCCUGACUGAUUCCCACCCCCUUCUGACCGAUAAACCAUGCUGCUGAGUGCCAUCCAUGGCAUGACAUGUAAAAUUUCUGGGGUGGGUGGGGUGAAUAUAUAUUUUUUGUUUUUAUACAGCUGUUUUUUUUAAAUUAAAUAAAUGUAUUUUAACCUUUUCUUUUGUUUUUGAGACAUUCAAGUGAAGAAAUUUUCAUCAAACCCACCGAUAAAAGCUUGUAACUAAGUUGCAGUAUAAGCUUUCCCCUUCAGAUUUUAAGCCUAUGAUGGUGGUAACAUUAGUAAAUUCAAUGAUUGGAACAGUGCUGCUUGGGCUCUUGAUAUCCAGACAGGGGGGAAAAUGCAACUUUGAGGCGCUCCACUACUUUUUUCUCUAGUUAAUGAUAUUUGGUCAUAUACCUUGACAUAUAAUGGGUGUUUUUUAAAAAGUUCAGAAUCCACGGUUGAAUAUUUGAAUUUACACUUAAUAAUGAAGAAAGCUUUUUACUCAUUAAGUGUGGAUGGAUAUUGUUAAAUGCUGAUGAGAAGUGUAGGAAAAGCACCCUAGCAUAUUUUUUAGGGUUAUCUUGGUGAUGUUAAAGUCUUUCCAAUAAUAGUAAGAUGGCAUCCUGGGUACUUUUGGCAGAUUUAUAAGUAAAUUGGUAGUUGUCAAGUUUUUGCUGUGCUUCAUUUAAAAUAUUUAAAAUGUGUAUGAGAAUAAGUUUCUCAUUACAUUUCUUUACAGUAGAUGUGUGACAGGACAUAAUUUGUUAGGACAUUGAUGUGUAAAAUUACCAGCCUAUUUAAUUCAGUGCCAAAAACAAACAUGGUAAAAGAAUAAUGAAAAGACAAAAGCAACAUUUUAAUUGAAGUUUUUUGUCACUUAAUAAACAUGUGUUUAACUGUGUCAACAAAUUAGAUGAAAUAUCUUCGCUACAAGGGUGAUUUGAUACAGUUCACCUAGGGUUACUUCCGCCCGGGGAGAUCAAGAUUUCUUCCAUCUCUUCCACACAAAAAAAUGCAGUUGGCCACAAAUGCCUGCCCUCAUAUGCCCACCCUCUUCCUUAGCCACAUCUUUGGAUAGGGCUUUUAUUUGGGUUUUGUUUUCAUUUGUCUUUAAUGAACUAUAUCCUUGUUAGUCUAAAAAAAAAAUUAACAACUAGCAAAACAACAUAUUAAACAGUAAAUGUUUUAAAAUCGUGAAUGAAAGGCUCAGGCGACAGAUAUUUUACUGAUCGUUUCAGACACAUUGAGCUGGUAACUUUGUCAUGUGACCAACCAAAUUUAAACAUACUUAUUAUUAUAUGCUGUGCAAUUUGACUUCAAACGUUUUUACAGCUUUUUAAAUACCCAACCAUUGUCCCUUUGUUUUAAAAUGUAUAUCUUGUUUUUCAUUCCCUUGGAGGAAUUUUGCAUCUACACACCCAGCAUUAUCUUGCGGUUCACCUGUGUGCUAUGGCACACCGGUAACAGAACACUGGAUAUAGUUUAUUUAGUACUAACAUGAUGGAAACUGUAGAUAUUCAUCGUUCAAAAUUGUUCACUUGAAUUUUUCAGGAUGGAACAGUAGAAAAAGAUAUACCAUCCGUAAGCUUAUUUCCUGUUCAUCAUUUAGAUGAAUUAGAGUUUUUCCCUGGGGAUUUUGUAUUACCAAAUAUAGGUGAGUCUUUUUCUUAAUAGUUCAUUGAAAGAUUCGGUGGGCUCUCUGCCAAAGAGUUCCUUUUUUAUUUUCACAAUAGCAAUAAGCCAUUGUGUUAUAGCUAUUGUCAUUGUAUUAUUUUUUUCUCAGAACUUACUGAACCAGUUGACUAUGGUGUGGUUGUGAAAGCUGAUCACCAUGAAAGGACUUGCUGGAUUCAUUGGUUCAGGGCAUAUGAUGUGGGGAAAGCAACAGAGUAUGGGCUAUACAUAAAUAUUUGUAGCUUUACUGUUUUAAUGAGACUGAUGAUAUUAUUUUACAUUUGAUCCUGUAUAAACCCCUAAUUUUUAUAAAUUCUAUUUCUCUUAAAUUGCUAAAUGCAAGGUAUUUGUGUUCAGUUUUGGCUUCAUUGUUUGUCAGUUAUUUAAAAUGACUUUUUAAUAUAAAUCAGAAUCAUAAUGUGACAGGCCUUUCACAAAAAUAAGAAUAGAAAUAGCCUUAUUAGUAGCAGUUUUAAAAGUCAUCUUUUUUUUUAACUCUUAAAAUAAUUUUAAUUUAUCCUAUUUUCAUCAUAAAAAAUUUAAUUACUAGAUUUAUUAAAUUUUUAAUUUUUUUAAAAUAAUCUCAAUGAGAUUUCUUUUUAAAUUAUAGAAGAUUCAGUUAAAUAUUAGUUUUUUACAAAAUUUAGUAGUAUUAAUUUAGUAUGUCGACGAUGUUCCAUCUUCAUGAGAUCUUGGUCUAGCUUUUUUAUUGACACUUGUGUGGAUGAAUUAUGAGUCCUGGAGAGGCAGUUUCUGUUGCACUUUCUCUGGAGAAUCUUAACUGUUUUUUUUUAUGUCAGGUUUUUGUUUAUGCUCUACCUAAUUGAAACCCUUUUACAAACUCUUCACCAGCCUGAAUGCUCAUCAGCAAUGCCUUCUUUUAUGUUUUCAUUUGAACUGUUUUGUAUUUUCGACCAUUUUUUUAACAUAGAAAUAGAACUUCAACCCUAAUGCUAUAUAUUGCUAUCUAAUGUUAGCUAGGUUAAAUUUUAUGUCUGAAUUGUUGUGAGUAGAAACUGGGACCCAAAACCCUUAGAAUCCUGACAAACCUUCUUGCUUAUAUGGGACAACUGAUACCAUUAAACUAAAAAAAAUUUUUAGAUUACAGUACACUGACAGUACUUUAAUUCAUUUUUUCUUUGAGAUUCAUCCUAAAUUAACAUGUAUUAUAAUUUUUAAAAGUUUACACUUCCAAGAUGUAGUGCUUAAUUUUACGUGAUUCCUUUACUUUGAAAUAAUUUGUUGGGUUGUUUCUGUCUAGACCCACUUGUGUGGAAAGAAAUGCAGAGAUGAGUGUUUAUGACAUCAAAGAUCACCCGGACUACAAAUUUCGACCUGGCCAGAGCAUUGUGCGAGUUGGUGGCUUCGAAACUUCAACUACAGUAAGGGACAAUGGCAUAUUACUUGUGAUGUUAUCACUUUUGAUUUGUUUUAAUGUAUUUGUUUCUAAUUUAGUUCCAAAAAAACGUAGUCGAAACAUGUUCGGUUAAAUUUGCUUCCUUAAUUACUUUAAUUAAUCGUUAACUAAAAUAAAAUUUUAAAACACUAAAUUCAUUUGAGCCGAUUUAGUGCUUUUAUUUUAUAACCCAAAAGAUUUAUGAAUCAAAUAGUUUUCAGGAAAUUAAAUAAGUAUUAUAAUUCACUUUUUAAAAAUAAAGAUAUAUUUUUUCUUCUGAUACAGGAGUUAUCGUUAGCAAAGGUAACUAACAAUCAGACUGAAUGGCACUGAGCUUCUUCUAUUAAGUACAUUUAUCCACCUUUGACAGAAAUGGCAGUAGAAUUUAAGUUCACUGCCACAUUUUUUUAAUUUGUUAAUUGACUUUAUGUGAUAGAACAACAACAAAAUUGUUAUGAGUGGCCUGGUGGAGGGCCACCAUGGCAUGUCAAAAGUGUUGUGACAGACUGGUUCAAAUCCUACCCUAACUGGUCUAAGUGUGGGCCAGUGAGUGGCUUAGAAAAGCCAAAGGAAGUAAACAACAGAGAUAAUUUUUUUUUAAUAGCAUGCUUACACUAGAUGUACCGAGGGCAUCUUGGUGCUCAUUGUUGUGCAUAAUAUAACUUAUAUAUCAUUAAAAGAGAUCUUACAACAGAUCCACCAGAAGAAAAAUGAAAUUGCAAAAAAAAUAUAUAUAAUGUUUAUCUUUGUUUUCCCAAGGAUCAGAAUCAAACUCCACAAACAAUUGGUCAGAUAUGCGAGCUUGAGCCAAAUGGUCACUUAUUUAUCAAAUGGACGGAUGGAACUAUCAGUCAACAUUUUCCACAGGAAAUUUUCAUUGUUUCUGAUGAUGUUAGUACACAUCAAAUUAGCGGUUAAUUGGAACUCUGAUAUUAUUCAUGAAACGGACCAAAAGUUCAAAAACAUUUCCAUUACAAGUAACCUUAAGCCACAUUUUAGUUUUCUUCCCAUAAUUUUAAUUAAACAUUGCACAUGUGUCUAUGUCAAGAAUUUUUUUCACCCCUUAUUAUUGCCAGUAUCACUAAUAACAAAAUAACCACAUUUAAAGUGUUGGCAUUAAACGUAAUUUUUAAAAGUUUUAUCAAGUAGAGAAUAAAAUUGAAAUUAAUAAAACCUAAAUUUUAUAUUCUAAAUGACCCUUGACUAUAGGCUGAUGAUUUUACUGAUGACAGCUGGGAAUCUGAGUCAGACUAUGCAUCGGAAGGAUCAGUGGAAACUUGGGAAACUGAAUCAGAACAAGAGAUUAUAGGAGAGGAGGAUGAGGCCAAGUAGGUUUAGAAUGUGGAGUUUGAGAUGAUACUUUGAACAUUUAGUGAUUUGGUUAGCCCUUCUUAAUGGAAAUGUUUCCUGUUUAUUUUAUUACUUUUAUUCUUUGUAUCAGAACAGACAAAGAUGACAGUGGGUACGAUCAAGUGGUUCUUUGUGAACACAAGCAAGAACUGGAUUCCCUUUUGUACAGAGCAGAAACUGCUCUUGUAAGACUGCAGAAGCAUCUCUCUAACUUUGAUGUAACUGUAUCAGCACCUGAAUGCUUUCAUGACAUUAUCCGAAUCUAUAGGAGUUGUCAUGAUUUGGAUAAGAUAUUACAGUCUUCUUUUUUCAAUGAUCCUGAGCUUCAGGCUCUUAUUUCUCAAGCCAAGUACGAGUUGAAACGGGAUAAACCUAACAAAAUUUCUAAGCACCUUACUCAGCUAUUUGAAUCUUGGAGUAAAAGUCUCCCAGCAGGUCCCAUGGAAAAUGUUGGCUCUGUGGCCAUUGGUGGAAAGACAAUAAGAGUGGGCCUGCUGCAAAAAGGUGAGGAUAUUGAAGUGUCUAUUGAAGUACCCAAGGAUGAGGAUGAUGUCAAUGAACCUUCGGCUCAGCACAGUGGAGAUUUAGAGAAUAAAGGGGCCAUGGGUGGUGGAGCUCAUGUAGAAGGAGGGGACAGCUGUCCAGUCAUUGCAAGUCAUAGUUUGAAUUUAUCUACAGCUUCUAACUCACUCAGCGAAAUCUCUGAAAUAGGAAGCAUUAAAAAAGAAUUUAGUGAACCUGCUAUAAGUAAGUUUUGUAGAAACAAUGAAACUAGACGGCCCUCCGAUCCUUUCAAUGAAACUAACAUGAGUACAGGUGCCAAAGGUAAGAAGAAAAACCAAGAUGCGUUAGUUGGUGAGAACUGUGUCUCCAAAGCUGCAAAGCGGGCCAAGUCUGAUGGUUAUGAUGACUCUGGGAGAGAGGUGAAGAAAAGCAGAGAUGAGGCUAAGACGGCCAAUCAUGUUGCUCAAGAACUUUGUUCUAAAAUUUGUCAAAACCUCCAGAAACAGAUAUUAAAAAUUCAUGAGGAGGUAAACAAAAGAACAAAGCGCCUUAUGUCAUCAGGGAGUGGGAGCUUGAAUAAAAAUGAAACUGAUCAAGCUAAAAAUGGUGGUGAUGAUAAGCUUGCAGCAACAGCAUGUAGUAAAGGAACCCAUGAAAACUUAGAACAUCAGGUGGAUGAAAAUAACAUUGCUGCUAAGCCAGAUAACAUGCAAAAAUCUUUGACCAACGGAGGAGAAAUAAAUAUAUUUGAAACAGAAGAAUUUUGUUCGUCAAAUCUCUCUGAAAUGGUUUCCGCAUCUACUCCUCUAACAUCAGAGGUGUAUAACUGUGGUGAUGUACUCAAAAUGGGUGCAGAAAACCAUCUAACAGACUUACAAAAAGCAAGAGACACUUCAGAAAAGGCUGUAAAUCCAGAAACAGAAAACAAGAAAGCUUUGCCUUCGCCAGAUAGUUCUAUAUCUCAAGAAAUUGAAGGUUCUAUAACACUAGAGGAUGUUAAAGCAGAACAAGUACCUUGCAAAGGUAAGCUGAUGUUUCUAUGUUUUAAUCCAGUUAUGUCAUUGCGAUAAGAGAACAUAUAACUAUUAGCAAACUUUUUCACUGAUCAACAGCUUGUUAUGAAAACGUGUAAUGAAAUCUGCAUUUUAUCUUCCCUUUAUUCUACAAGCCACAUUUUCUUAUUGCAUGAAUGAACCCAACUUUUAAAUCUUUCUUAUCUGCUUACUGCUUAAAUAAAUCAUAGAGAAUCUGUAUGAUUUUUAGAAAGUUAUCUUUGGGACUUCCUAUAAUUUUCAAAUUGCUCAACAUCGUAUUAGCUUUUUUAAAAAAAUCCUUGGACUAUCAAUGAAAAAGGUUUAACCCUAGAAAUAAAAUGAGUCUUGUGAUCCUGUGAAGACACAAAGUAUAAUUUUAUAAGGGGAAGCUUCACUGUUCUUUUUAAUAAUGCUUUACCCUACUUGAUUUGCUCAUAUCUCUGGAAGAGUAUUAACAUACAAUAUAUAUGUGUGUGUGUGUCUAGGUUUUGAAAUGCAUGGAGAAGUAGAGUCAUUUCACAGAUAUGUUAGUCAAGAAAGUCAGCCUGCCAACCCAAGAUCUUUCAGAACUGCUAUUAGAAAAGAGGUCAGUGGUUCACUCUUGUCCAAGUUACUAUACUUGUAUUCAUUUUAUGCAAUGGACCAGUGUCCCAAUCUUUAUUUCAUAAAAGGCCAAAUCUUCAAAGGGCACACUUGAGAUUUAAACAAAUAUUUAAUUUUUAAAAUACUUAAGCACAAGUCCAGUAAGUCUACUGUUGUUCUUAGUCUGUGCACUAAAGCAUUUAUACUGUUGCUCUUUGUGUACUAGAACAAUUAUACUGUUGAUCUUAGACUGUGCACUAGAACAUCUAUACUGUUGGAAAAAUUUUCAUUUCUUGUCUCUUCUCAUUUCUUUUGGUAACUUCUUAUUUUUUAAAAAUGUUUUAAAAAAUAUUAAAAUGUAAUCUUGAUUAGCAUAAUUAUUAUAUUACCAUUGCAAAAAAAAUUUCCUUUUUUUUUUUUUAGUUAAAGCUUUUCCAAUCCUCACUGCCGGAUGGAAUAUUUGUUAAAGGAUUUGAGAAUCGCUUGGUAAGUAAUGGUUAGAAAUUAUUAAGUUAAUCAGAAUCAAAUGAAUAUUAUCAACAUACAGAUAAGUUUUAGUUUCUGAUGUAGAAUAAUUUUAUUCAAUGUUUUUACUCUACUAACCAUUAAUUAUAAUCAUAUUUUACAUUCAAUUAAACUAUUUUAUUUAUUUUUUCAUGCACUUCCUCUCACUAGUAUUUUAUUUGUACAAAUACAGUAGGUUAGGUCCCAUUGAAUGUGAUCAUGUAUGUCCACUAAAAAUUGAGCAUAUUAAGGAGCUAUUCUAAGAAACCAAAACAUCUAAAUUGCACUUAAAUACACACAUGUAAUUAGGUUGCUUAAAUACAUCCACACAAUUAGAUCUCAGAUAGUAUGCUUUCUAUUUAAAUGAAAAAUAAUGAUAUAAAAAACAAAAUUACAAUUACCUACCAACUAAAUUUAAAUAAUAAAUUGUAAAAUAUGAUAACUAAUAUAAAUUGCUUAAAAUAAAUCAUUGUUUUGAUUAUCUAAAAAAAAUUUUUAAAAAGCCCAAAUAAAGAUGUUUCAAUAUUCUAUAAAGGUCACUGUCCCCUUCACCACCUUCCUCCUAGCCCUCUCAGAUCCAUUAUAUGCCUUCUUCCCAUGGCCCUCUCAGAUCCAUUAUAACUUCACAUAUUUGUUUGUUCCAUCACUGGAAAUUUUUACUGUUGGAUCUGGGUGAGAUGUCUAAAAUAAAAUUUUGUUCCCCUAUCUUUUUAAAACAAAUCCUAUUUUUUAUAAAAAUAAUCCUGGAAUAUCGAGGACUUCAUACAGGCAUUUUUUUUGUUAGUGUGUGUUAUAAGAGGGUUCCUUAUUGGUUCUUUACACCUUUGAAACAACUGAGAGACUUUAUUUAGCUAAUAACAUAGCUUUAACUUACUCCUGCCUGUCAUCUUGCAUAUUAAAAGCAGUUAUUUUGAAUAUACAAUUUAUGAUGUCUGUUUGCUCUGUGAAAUUAAUUCUACAUCUAAAAUUGGGAUUCUAAUAACCGAAAUAAAUGGAGAGGAUUAUAUGAUUUUGAAGUGGUUUUAAGAUAUUUUUGAUAAAGUGGAUGAUUCUUAUAAACAGUGGUCCCAAUAAAAUUUAGCUACUGUAUGUCACUUUAAGUUUGUUCAUAAUAUACGCACUUUCUUUUUUUAGUUAACCCUUUAGGUAAACCUUCUUCAUGCAGAUUUUUUUUUUAAAUUUUGAAAAGUUAAUGGGUAAUUUUCUAAAAUGGAUUUUUCAUCAACACAGGAUUUAUAUUCUGUUAUGAUUCUGGGGCCAGAAGGCACGCCAUAUGAAGAUGCUGUGUUUCUCUUUGAUCUCAUGCUCCCUAAUGACUACCCUAAUUCACCGCCACUUUGCCACUACCAUUCUUAUUGCACAGAUAGACUGAACCCAAAUCUAUAUGAAGAUGGAAAGGUUGGUGUGUUUUUACUUUGAUACAUAGAAAUAUACUCAAACUUAGAAAACAUGGUCAAACCUAAAGUGAUAUCUUACAGAGAAUGUGAGGAUGGAUCACUUACUAGUACUGUCAUGUAUUUUAAGGAUUGUUAUCAUGUUGGUUUUAGACUCAUUGUCGCACUUGGUCGGACUCUUUCACAGUGCCACUUUCAGAAUAAUUUUUUUAUUUUAUCGAUAGCAUAAAAUCAUCCCAACUUGCUUAGAAUCCGAAUUUAACACCCCCAAUAGGCUGGCACUAGACCCAUAACUGAAACACCUGUAAAAGAUGAGUGAAACAUUGAUGUAAGGAAGUUUGGUGAUCAAUGCUGAGAAUAUAUGACCAUUCUUUUAUUGACUAAGGUGUAACUGUAACUUUUUAAAAUUUGUUCUUUUAUUGAACAACUAAAAUUGUUAAUUUUGAUGGUCAUUGAUUAAAAUUUGUUUUUUUUAAUUUAAAAAUCUUUAUAUGUUGAACAUAUUUUUAAAGUGAUAACCUUAUAAACUACAGUUGAACCCGCUUAUCUUGACCUCUGUUAUCUCGCCAACCCUGUUAAUGUCGACGUUUUUUGAAGUGGAACCGGCCAAAUUCUCUCUUUGUCUUAGCAUUUUCUCCUCGGUUAUAAUGAUUCUUUUAUGUACCGAACCCUGAUAUCUCGAGCACAAAAAGCAGACUAAUUUGCACUUAACCUUGGUUAUCUCAAUCCCCAUGACCAAUCGCCGGCUUUUGAACUCCACAAGAAGAAAUAGCAAACAAAUAAACAAGUUUUUCGUAAGGAAAAGUAAUUAUUUGUUUCUCAAAAUACAGGACUUGUGUUUUAGAAUGAACCUAGAAGUAAUUAAAAUAAAUGUUUUAAUUUGAGGUUUAAAAACCCGGUAGAAUCCAUAUUAUAAAUGAUCAUAAUUUGCUGUGUGCGAAACGUAGUCAUGGGCAACCAUUCAUGGUCACAUCCAUUAUGGCUAUGGCGUUGUACUGUGUCAUUCAUAAGAGUUUGCUGUGUGCAAAAGAUAUUAAACCAUUGGUCAGGGAAAGCUUUAAUUAAAUAGUCAUGUGCCAAACUUGAAAGUUCAAAAUAAGUAGUCCCUAAAUAGUAUUUUAGUAAUAAAGGGAUGCAAUCAGCAGAAUGAGGUCACAAAAUGUAGAGGCUCGUCCAUAGAAAAUACCAAACGAACUCACACUUUAAAAAUUGUAGCUCAAAAAUUAUUAAAGUUAAAAAGUUGAUUGUGGUUUCAUUUUUUAAAAUUUGCUCUACAUAACUAAUAUUUAAAAACAUAUUUAUUUUUUUUUUUUAACUUAAGUACCUGCAAUUAUAAACGCUCAUCAUGUACAUAAAGAAAUUUCAAGCACAUGUUAAUAUAUUGCCGCCAUAUUGGUUUUCGUUUAUCUCGAUCAUCGGUUAUCUAAGCGCUUUUUGGCAAAUCCCGAGGCCGUCGACAUAACUGGGCUCUACUGUAGAAUCAAAGCCAGCAUGCAAGUCUGCUGGUGCUUGUACCCAACAGUCUUAAAGUCUUUAAAGUGAAACAAACUUCUCUUUUAGGUAUGUGUUUCUUUGCUUGGAACCUGGUCAGGAAAAGGAACAGAAGUCUGGACAUCAAAAUCUAACCUUCUCCAAGUGUUGCUCUCUAUUCAAGGUUUGUGUCAAUGAGAGGGAAUUGAUAUACCAGACCUGGUUACUCUUAUGAUUUUGGGAUACAAUGAUUUUGAUUUCUUUUCAGUUAGUACACUGAGACCUGUCAGAACUACAAAUUUAAGAGACCAGGUUUAUAAAUAUAUAUUCUUGUAGUUUUUCUGAUUUAAAAAAAAAAUAUAUAUAUAUAUUUUUUUUUUUGGUUGUUAGUUUUAGCUCUUUUAUUUAUCUGGCAGUGAAUAGACCAAUAUGAUUGGUUGGGCACCAUCAUUAAUUAUAUUAUGUACACACUGAGAGGGGAAAAGGGGGAGGGUGGUGUUGACUUACGGGUGGAGAGUACGGGGGUACAUGGGAGGGGCAGAACUGUCUAAAUAUUUUUAAAGGCAACAAAAUAACACUGCCUCGUUUCAUAAUGAUGUUUAUAACGCUGCCUCGUUUCAUAAUGAUGUUAAUGAUCAUCAUAAUUUUGCUUUGUGUUUUCUCAAUGAACUGACUAGGACACAGCCAUAGUAAUAUUAGCAUAGUUUCCCCAGUGAUACAUUUAGUCAACAUUUGCUUUUGUUUGUCUCUGGGAUGUGUGGCUAUGACGUAAUUUAGUGACAUAAUUAUUUUGUUCUUUGGUUGAACCUUGGGGUUUGUGAAAACAGAGAAAAAACAAUUUAUAUUUUUCAAUUUAAUUUUUUUAAUACAUUCUCAACUGCUCAGCACAGCAGUGUCUGAUUUUGAUAUUUUUUAUAAGAUCUAGAAAGCAACUGUACAAUUUUAAUAAACAGUUUGAUUCCAAAACUCCUCUUCAUUUCUCCCACUACAGCUUGCAGUAGACUAUAAUAUUUGAAUGGAAAAUAAAAAUCAAGCUUCUAACUAUACAUCAAAUCAUAUCCUAGAGAUGAAAAAGACAAGUUUAUUUCUCAUUUUUAUCGACUGGAACAGCUUUCUUUUUAUUAGUUUUUGAGUAAUUUGAGGAUUGUUUCUCAACCAUUUAAUCAUCUUUUUUUUUUAACUAAGGAUAUUUUAAUCAAGUUAUAUGUCUUAAAAAACUUAAGACAUUUUAAGUAAUGAUUUUUUUUAAUGCUAUUUUGAGUUUUAAGAACAAAUUUCCUACUGCCAUGACAAUGUUGGUCUACUGCCAUGACAAUGUUGGUUGUGUGAGCAAAAAUUUUUUCAAGAUCUUUAGAAGUAAAAAAAGAUUUAAGUUAUGUUAGCAUUUUUCAAAAUAUUCAGUUAUUCUAAUUUAUGGAUUUUGUAUUUGUAUAUUUAAAAAAAAAUAACAAACGUUGUGUGCUGUUCAAUUUCUUAGAUUGCCAUCAGAAUUCUUUUUUUUUUACUGCAGGCUUAAUUCUGGUUUCUGAACCAUAUUACAAUGAAGCUGGAUAUGAGAGGCAAAGAGGUACCCAGGUGGGACAUGAAAACAGCAGAAUGUACAAUGAGAUGGCUAUUUUAAAAUCAGUACAGUCUCUAAUCAAGAUGUGCAAUAAACUUCCCACCUUAUUCAAACAUGAAAUUUACCAGUACCUUAAAGCUCAUGGCCAUUUGUAAGUAGAACUCAUUUAAUUGCCUUAUUUUCCUGUACUGUCUUUUGUUUCAGUUAGUGGGAAAGUCAAGCAAAGUGUCUGCAUGGAUUUUUUUUAUUGACUUUCAACAUUGGUAGUUAAACUUUUUAUUCCUCAGGUGGGAGGACUGAUAUGUCAUUUUUUUUGUUGUUGGGUACGGUUUGAGUUUAGUUUACCUGGGUGAUUUUAAAUACAAUAAUAAAUUUGAAAAUAUAAUUUACUUCAUUUAAGAAAUCUUUUUGAUUUAGUCCUUUUUCCCACUGCUGUUACUUGGGAUAGACUAAUUUUCCUCCUCUGUCCCAUUUGUGUUACAGGGAAAUUAUGACUUUCCCAGAGUGUUUGAAAAUGUAAAUAUAAGUUAACUAACCGUCUAAUAUUUCAUACAUUUUCCCCUUUCAGGAUGAUUAGGCGGUUGCGGAAUUGGAUGGAUCAAAGUCAAAGGCAAAAAAAGCCUACUGGUAUAGAAAAUCAAGAGUGCCAGAACACUAACAAAGUUUCUAUGAACAAAUGUGAAACUGGACCUAAUUUGCAUAGUAAUGCAACUAUUGAAACAUCAUCAAGGGAUGCUUCACAUCAGUACUUAUCUCCUUCAAUAGCUAGUCAGGAUAAUCAAGAUCUAGUUGAUGGAACCAUUGAAGAGAAAUCUCAAAUGACUAUUAAUUGCAAGGAUGAUUUACAUAAUGAUUUCACCGAGUCUUCUUUGUGCACAAAAUUAAGAGUUAAUGAAUCUCUGUAUAAUAAUAUAGAUUCUUUGGAUAGCAAUCUACCUAGUAACAGAAUCGCCACACAUUUACCAAGAGUGCUUUCACUUUCAGCUGUUUCUGACUCAGAGACUAAGGGCAUGGCUAAUGACUGCCAAAAGAUGAAUGAAGGUUCGGUUUCCCUAACAGAUCAGGAUGGUAAAAUGGGCAGUGAUAUGUGCACUCAUGAAUUUAAAGAAAUGCCUGCUGUUGAAAGGGGCUGUCUUCAGCCAGAAUUCCAUGAUGCCAAAUAUAGUACCCCUCAGUUUCCCUUAUUUCCCAUGUCUCGAGGCUUUUGUCUCACCUUGGAGAAGUUCCUUAACACUUAUGAAAAAUCUCUGCAGCAACUUCUUCCCCCACCAGCAAGCUAGAGUAAAAGAAUAGCAAGAUAUCUUGGAUUUUAUAGUUAGGACUGUAACACUAUUAAAGCUAUGGCCUAUGAUUUCAAAAGCAUUGUAGGCCUCAUUUAUAUUAUAAUGCAAGUUGACCAUCAGUAAAUAAUGUACAAAAAUCUAAGUGUUGUGGAUUUGUCUAUUAAAAUAUUUUAGUAUUUUUAGUCAAAAAUUUUGAACACCAAAAAAUUCUGGAAAUUUCAAACAUCAGAAAGCACCUAAGUCGAAAGGCACUUAAAUUUACAGUGUACAUUUUUUUAACAUUCUUUUUCCAUAAGAGGCUAGGGCUAUAGUGAUUAGAUAAUUCUUUUUUUAAGACCUUAAGUUUGUUACAGCAAGCCAUUUUUAAAAGUUCUUUCAAAUGAUCUUGGUCAACCAUGUAACUUAAUGUUUAUUGAACUAGAACCCACAAAAUUCUUUAAGUAACAAUUAAAAUAAAUAUGUAAGUUACAACAUACUAAUCCAAAUCAGUGAUUAUUUAUUUUUUAAAAGAUGCUGCUUUUUUUUUUUCAUUUGUUCUUUUCAUAAUGGAGUUCCACUCUUUUGAGCAAAGCCAUUAUCAUUGGGAUUGCAAUUAAUUUUAUCCAUCAGAUUAUUUAAAUUUAUUUAGUUUAUAUAUUAAGCAUAUUUGUGUUGGUAGGUUUGUUUUCAAAAUUUACAAAGUUCUAGACUAAUAUCUGUAAUGGUAAUUAAAGAUUGUAUGUUAGUCUAUAAAGCAUAAUGCCAGAAGUAGCCUUCUAAAUUUGAGCUAACUCAACUUAAGAAUAAUGAACAUGCAACAGUUUAUAUUGACAAAACAUGUGAUCCAAAUAAAUACACCAGAACUAGAACAGUUAAAGGGUUUGAAAUUACUUUUCUUCCACUUCCAGUUUUACAUUGUUUAAUAUUGCAUUUUAUUUGUUUAAAAAAUGUGACAAGUAUUAAUUUUUGUGUCCAUGAUUAAUGAUUAUCCAUUUCUUUGCACACUCAAAAAGUAACAGAUUUGAAUAUUGGAACAUGUAGUAGUACUACUAGAGUAAGGUACAGUACCGGUACUACAGAUAUUAUUUUUGCUAUAUUCUUUUAUUUCUCAGCAAGUAAUGCCCCUGUGAAAAUAAAAAGUUCUAUAUAUAAUUAUUUACUGAAAUAUUUGAAUAAAGUCUUUCUUUUUAUAUGUCUUUAGCUUUAAUUUUCCGAACAGGUAUUAAGUAAUGAGGAAUUGUUUCUUUAAAAAAGUGUUUUAAUAUAUAUACAUUUUUUUAAAUAUCUUUAGUUGUUGAUAAAAAGCUUCCAUAGUAUUGGAACCUUUUCUAAUGUGAUUAUAGGCAAUAAAUAAUUUUUGCAGUUAUUACUCUCUUUUCCCCUGAUAAUAUUUAAAAAAUAAUUUUUGGGGUGGGGUGUUUGUGUUUCCCCCUCUUUUUUUUUUACUCUUAUGAAAGGUUCAUUGCAUUUACAUGCUUGUUACAGAAUAGGUAUUUUACAGUUUAUUAUAGGUCUAAAUCUUGAUAUGUUGGUUGCAGUAACCCAAUUAAUGCAUGUCUCCAGGUGAUUAGAAGUAUUAGUAUUAAUGUUGAUUGGUUAAACUUGCAGAAUUCAACUUAAGCUAUUUUAGGGCACCUUACCAAAUCUCAAACAAUGGGCUUCCAACUUGGUGGCAUAGAACCUUCCAAAUUUAAAAAAAUACAGUUAGUUUCUUUUACAAACCUCACUUACUUUGAGAUAAUAGAAAAAGAACUGGCAAACCGUAUUUAUCUAUGACAACCAGGAUGGUAGUCUUUAAAAGGGGACCUUGCAUAUUAUGUCAAGCUCAGGGGGGUCGAAAAUUUGUGACAUCACAGCGUUUUUUUCAUGUAAAAUUUGCUAAUUUUGAAAAAUCUUUAAUUUUAAUAUCAUUAAUUUGAGGUCAAAAUUGCCUAAGGUAUUAUAGGUACUAUGAAACAUUUUACAUUGGCUUGUGGAUGACUUCGUUGUUUCUUCUUAUCACAGUUUUCUAACAAUACUACAUCUUAGUUUAAUUAUGAAAAUUUUAUGUAUGUUUUGAUUUUUUUUUAGGUGUGACGUGACACUAGGGAAGUUGGGG